GGGCCUCAUGUCGGGCAGCAUGUCGGGCCGCUCGGGGCCGGGUUGGCGCCGCGGGCGGCUGGGCUCGGCCCCGGCCCCGGGCCGCAGGCGGCUGAAGCCGCUGCGCACGGUGGUGGCGUGGAGGGGCCGGGCGGAGUGGGACCAGGUGAUGGUGGGGUUGUACUGCGGAGACUGCCGGCUGCAGCAGGACGCGCUGGAUCGGGUGUCGGCCUGGAAGAGCCGGUAUGGUCAAAAAAUGCCUCUUGCAGUGGAUUGCACUGCAGAACUGAUUCGUUGCAAGGUCCUGGAUUCGUCUGGCAGAUUGAAGUCACACGAGCUCAUCCUCUCUUAUGGGCUGGCACUUGUAAGGUUUGUCAACUUGAUCACAGAAAGGAAACAGAAGAUGGCCAGCAUUCCUCUGAGACAAUUGGCCAGAGAGGUGGAUAUCCCCAUCUGGGUGGUGGACCUGCGUCACGAGCUGACCCACGGGAAGCUGCCGCGGUUGGCCCUAUGCCGCAAGGGUUGUGAUGUUGUGCUGGACUGGCUACGAAAGACAUAUUGGAGCCGUCAACUGGGCAAUAACUUGUGUGAAGGAAGUGAGGAUGAGGUUGAGGAAGAGGAGGAAGCAAACACAGAGUUGGGCAAUGAGGCAUGGGAGAUUGAAACCCCGCAGCACGAGACCUGUCAGAAACACAAGGAAUUCCAUGAAAAAGUCAGAGAUGUUCUGACAUCUUACAAGAAUGAGCAGUUUCGGGUUAUGCAGACUAUGCAGUCUGCUUCAAAGUCUCGAGAAUUGUGGUCUGAUUCCUCUUCAGAAAUGGAUUGGAUUUUGGCUCAGAUCAAAGACCUGAUGCAGGAAAACAGGGAAUCAGUGGCUGAAGCUCUUCUCAGUGAUGGCUUUCUCAUCCCAAAGAUGGAUUGUCUGAAGGUGCUAAAUAUCAAGUAUGAAGCAAAUAAAGAGGUAUGGCAGUUCAAAAUUCCUCAGACCUUUUACUGCUUUUGGCAACCUUUGCUGACAGGCCUCCUUUCACGAAGUUUUACACAGAUCCUAAUAGAGAAAAUGUUUAUGGAACUGAAGGAAUGUUCUGACUCUUCAGAACUCAGGCAUCAGUUCUUGAUCAGCUGGAUUUCUGAGUUGCUGACUGGCAUUGCCAAAGUAAAUGCUGGGAAGAAAAGACAACACUGUAACAAACAGGUGUCCGUGAAGGAGCUGUUCCUCCAUAAAGUUCCUUUGCAGUGGAUAAGACUGACUGACAGUUGCUUGGAAGCUCCCUGCUGGGCAACCCCACAUCUUCUUCAGCUGAUCCUCACAAUCAUGAGGCCUCGCUUGUCACGUACUUCUCGGAAGAACCUUCUCUAUCUUGCUUCCAUUUACACAGAAGGAGGUGCCCCUUUGUCUAGUCCAGGCCUCUCUUCAGACAGCAGUGAACAUCCAAUUUACACUAUAGAGAGCUUACAGUGGAGAGUCAGGCAGGAAAAUCAAGUUAAAAAUCAAGGGCAGACUGUAGAGAAAGAAGAUGAUGUGCUGGAGAGAGAUGAUGAUGUAGAGGAAGUGGAGGAGGAGGAAGAAGAGAUGGUAACUGAAACAAAUCCUUUUGAAGGACUGGCUCAUCCUGGUAACAUGGCAGCUGUUGCUGAGAGAAGAGCAGCACUGCAAGGGUCCGCCUGGCAGAUCACUACAGAUGAAGUACAAUGGAAAGACUUUCCUCUUGGGAAACUCCCAGGUCAGACAGAUGACCCUGAUGGUCUCAUGUUGGAUAAUUAUUCUAUGAUGUCGCUGCUUGAUCAGCCAGUGAGAGAUGAGUGGAAGUCUCUUCAUACAAACUCUGCAGAAUUGAAAACGCAUGGGACAGGAGGAUUGUUAUGGACCCAGAAUGACUUCCAUAAAAUAAAAAGUGGCCUUCAACUUUUCUGAGACAGCAUCAGAGAGCUCUGUGACUUUCAGUAUUGCACAAGUUAAGUGGGAUGGAAGAACUAGUAAUGGUGGUGGGAAAAUAAUUUGUUGUUGUUGUGAUUUACUGAUUUUUACCCUAUAAAAUCAGUGGUUUAUAAAGGUGUUUUAAGUUCCAUGUAUAGUAACCAUUGUCUUACUACCAUGAACCUUUAACUCUAGUUGAUGUUUGCGAAAUACAGUUAAGAGAACUUUGGAAUCCCUCAAGGUUCCUUAAUUUUUUCAUGGUUAAUAAAUGCAACUGACUUUGAAGACAAA